UCCAUUCAUAUUUGUAUAAAAUUUAAUUUAAUACAAACAUUCCAAUAAUAGUACUCAUACAAUGGAAGCUGAAAAGUCAAAAUUGUAAACCUCAAUUUUUCAUCAUCAUCAUCAAUUUCAACUUAGAUGAAAAUCUGAGUUGAACUAUAACAUGGAACAUCAUCACAGAAAACUGAUCCCAGAGUUAUGUGAGUUGAUAUGCCAUGGAGUAAACUCUGUAUCCAAAUGUUCAUUGAACAAUGAUUGUGCUAAUUGCUUCAAAAACUGUCUCAAAACCAAACCUCUAUACCCUAAUUACUAUUACCCUCCACCACCACCACAAGAUCAACAACAAGAAUUUCCUUUCUAUUCCUCAUCAAAUCAAAACCAGCACAAAAUCAUCAAUUACUUCAUCAUCACUCUUUCUCUUCUUGCUUUUAUUUUCUUCCUUGUUUGUAUUCGUGCAUGUUAUGUCAAUUGUAGGUCAAGAAGAACAAGAACAACGUUAAGGACAGUGGCAAGGACAAGAACACCAGCACCAGCAUCAUCAUCAUUAUCAUCAAGGAUUCAGCAAACUCAGGUGAUGAAUUUUGAUGAUGAACAAUAUGAUGAUUCUAUUGUGGAUCAUCCGAUUUGGUAUAUUCGAACUCAAGGUCUUCAACAAUCGGUUAUAAAUGCAAUUAGUGUUUGUAAGUAUAAGAAAGGCGAAGGUUUGAUUGAAGGAACGGAUUGUUCUGUUUGUUUGAGUGAGUUUGAAGAAGAUGAGAGUCUUAGGCUUUUACCUAAAUGUCAUCAUGCUUUUCAUUUACCUUGUAUUGAUACUUGGCUUAGAUCACAUACUAAUUGUCCUAUGUGUAGAGCUCCGAUUGUUAGUACUAAUCCUGCAAUUGCAAGGGUUGAGUCUUUGGAAUCUAUUGUUGUUGAUUCUCGUGCACAAAUUGAGGUUUCUGAUGAAAAUAGUGGUGAAACUGAAUCCAAUUUAGGGUUUGGAAAUAGGGUUUUUGAUUCUGAGUUGACGAAUAGAGUAGAAGGGGAAGUCGGGCAAUUGGAGGUAUGUGAAAAUGGAAGACCAGUUGUCGAUAUGGCUAGUGUUGUUCGGCCUAGGAGAUCGGUUUCUAUGGAUGAUUCUUUUGUUGCAGGUAUCGAUAAUGUUCUUGCAAGUGUUGUAUCAAAAGAACCUAAUGGUAAUGAAGAUAGUGUUUCGAAGUUUAAUGGAAAUGAGAAUUUGGCAACUACAUCGAAAGGUAGUACUAGUAGUAGUUUUUCUUUUAGGUCAGCAAGAUAUUUGCAGGGUGUUCCUAGUCCAAUGAAGAGAUCAAGUUCAUACAAUGGGAAGUUUCUUCUGUCUUGGUAUAGCCGCAAUCAGAAAAAGCCGAAUGCGAUUCUGAGAAACUUUUGAUUUUAUUGUUAUUGUUAUUAGCUUUUAUGCUAACUUCAAAACUGAAGUACUACUAUAUACAUGUAACUCAGUAACUCUCAACAAGCUGAGAGGCUGAGACUUUUAAAGUUCUAUGUAUGCAUUGAAAAAACUAUGUGCUGCAUCAAGUGUAUAAUAGCCAAACAAGAAAGUUACAAAUAAAUAUUGUUCAAUUUUUUGCUCA